AUGGCUUAUACACGUCAUUAUGAAUCCAUUACCAGCGGUUUAAAUUUCGAUCGUUUUGUGGAUCGAUUUGAUGAGCCUACACUGAACAAAAUGCGCCAGCAGUAUUGGACAGCUAAGCAAUUAAUCAGAAAAAAAUUGGGGAGAAAGGAAGAUGAACAUUUGUUAGCUUCAGAUGCGGAAUUUGAUACCAAAAUAGCUCUCUUUCGGUUUGUUCAAGAAACAUCUGACCAAAUGCUUUGCUGCAUCGAUGAUUAUCAACAUUAUCUAAGCGAAUUAGUGCAAGUGGAAUUUGAAUUGAGUAAAAUGUUGAAAGAGAAUGGUGGAGAGGAAACGACAGCCGCUGGGCGUGUUAUGAUCGCUGUUGCGAGAGUAUUAACAAUUUCAGUACAUCAUAGAUUACAAAUUCGAAAUCCUUUACUACGAUUCUUUGGUGAGCUCCAUGUUUUCACCGAAAGAGCCAUCUUGGAUUGUGCGGACACAGUGGAUGCUGCGGAAAAGGCUAGGACUGAAUAUAGAGGAUCAUUAUUAUGGAUGAAAAAAACAAGUAAAGAGCUUGACCCCGAUGCAGAAAAUAUUUUGGAAAAGUUUCGCACAGCACAGAGUGUUGUUAGACGAAAUAAGGAGAAACUGGAUAGUUUGAAAUUGGAUACUCUUCAAAAAGUAGAUUUAUUAGUCGCAAGUCGCUAUAAUUUGUUUUCGCAGCUAUUGGAAUUGUAUCAGAAAUUAUUAUACAACUACUAUGAGGAAACAACGUUGGCAUAUGAGAAGAUUUAUGAUUUUGUGUCCACUCGUAAACAUUACGAAUUUGAAGUACUGACGGAUUUGAUUGAAUCUUCAAAAGAGGUUGAUUGUGAGAAUGAUGAUCAAAUGACAAAUAAUGAAAGGGAACCCGAAAGUCUAAUUGAGCUCGAUCAGUGUGAGCAGGAAAUGGAGCAAGUCUUGAAAGAUUUGGAGAAUUUGAAUGGGCAUGAUUUACUGCAUGAUAGAAUUGAAAGUCCACUAGGCCUACCAAAAGAAAAUCAAAAUGAUGUUGAUAGCACUGAACCAACAUGCCAUAUGUCAACAGAAAUAUUAGUAUCAGUUGAAGCACAACCAAUCAAUGAAGUAUCAAAUAUCACAAUCCCAGCUAUACCUCCGCCACCAGGAUGGAAGUCAAAUAGAAAUGCGGUUCGUUGUCCAUCCGACCUCAUGGAUUUACUUUCCUUGGAUGAUACCGUUCCUGAAUUAAACUCAUUCGCAUCUGACUGGUCAAAACUAAUGGCAAAUGUAAGUAGCACACCUGAUGCAGUGACCACUUCAUCUCCUCUUCCACCAUCUUCAGCAUCAUUAACCUUACCAUCCCAGUUGUUGCACUUUCCUUCAAUGGAAAGUGGUUUCCCUAAUCCUUUCGCAGAUUCAACAGAUCCGAAUUUCGAUUGUCUUUUGGCAGAACGUAAACCAUUAAGUUUGCAGGUUUGGAAGGGAUUUUUGGAAGAAUUUGAAACAGCUAAAGUGAAUAGCAAUGGAGUGUUUAAAAAUUGUUAA